AUGGAAGACGAGCUGAGGUGCCCAGUGUGUCGUAGAUUCUUCACCAAACCGGUUCUGAUGCCCUGUUCUCAUUCACUAUGCGUUGCCUGUGCAUUGAGCUGCCAAGAACCAGCACAGAACCUCUUCCCACAAUCAAUGUCCUCCGCUUGUUCUGAGACAGACAGCGGCACUGUCAUCAGUGAUCGGAUAAGUCUCUUGGACUUUCCGGAGAUCGACAAGCUGAGCAUCGUCAGCGAGACAGACAGUGGUGUGGUCUGCAACAGCCGCCCCAGCAGCUACGUGGGUACGCCUAGUGUGGCUAACAUCUUUCUUCAGAGCCUUCAGAGUUGUACCUAUGGGAUCAAAUGUAUUGUCUGCGAACGUCUGGUUUUCUUGGAUGAAAACGGCGCGCUUUCCUUGCCAACAAACAGGGUUUUGGAAGCUAUAGUAGAAAUUAAAUGUGAGCGCUGCCUGAUCGACCAUCGCCCAGCAACUGCUAUGUGUGAACAAUGUGAGGUGUUUUUCUGCGACAUCUGCAGAGAACAGUGCCAUCCAUCUGAAGGCAUGUACGCCAAACACAACCUAGUAGACCCAACACAGGGGGACAUCAUUCUAAAAUACAAACGGAAAAACAGCAAAGAACACAAAUGUAACGAACAUCCUAUAGAGAGCUUGGGGAUGUUCUGUUUGUCAUGUCGACUCCCGGUAUGCUGCCAAUGCGCUCGCGAUGGCCGACACAUGACCCAUGAAGUACAGCUUCUGCCAACUAUUUGCAAGUCUCAGAAGAGUGAGCUGUCGCAGAACCUGCAAGCGCUCUCAGAGAAAGCCAAAUCAGGCACAGAGUUCAUCCAACGGUUGAAGAAAAUGGCGGACAGCGUCAGCGGCAACUGUGCCGAGUUUGAGAGAACCGUUGUUGCUCAAUGCGAUGCCUUGAUCGAUGCCAUCAAACAACGAAAGGCCGAGCUGCUAGAGAACGUGGCUGAAGAAAAGUCGAUGAAGGUUCGAACCCUAAAGGAGCAGGUCUCAGACUGUACCGCGCUACUACAGCGGACCACUGGUCUACUACAGUUUUGUAUAGAGGUGCUGAAGGAAAGUGAUGCAACUUCAUUUUUACAG